CGCAAACUGCUGUUCAGCAUCGCACACUACCUUUGCGUUUCCUUGACUGGAACAUUAUCGCCAACGUCCUUCAGUGUGGUAAGUUGACUCAAAAAGCGCAGAUGAGCUCGCUCACCUUGGGCUUUCAUUCACUAAUUUUGUCGCUUUCAUCGAUUGCGCGCCUUUCGGACCUAAAACUUUCGGGUCUCUCUUUACAUCUAUCUUUUUCAUCGCCCCCGACCAUAGCACUAUAUCACUAUGAAGUCAGAAUUGAUUCGUCCUACAUUACACAAAAAGACGCACAUGAACUCCAGUCCUAUCUUGCGAGCCUAGUGGGUGAGCGCAUCCAAGUCAUUGAGCCCCUGGUCGUAUACCCAUGUCUUCAAGGUGGUUCGCCAAUAAAGGCAUUGAUGCUAGUUCGUCUGCAGGCCGCAUCCCACUUGAAGUUCAAGUGCGAACCCAAACCCCACUCGUCGUUGCUUCGGCUUCGUGUUCCCUUUCCAAACACGUUGAAUAAUUCAAUUCCACAGCGUAUGAUUUCAUGCUGAAACCCUGACUCUCACCUGUUGGGGGACGCUCUUAGGUCUUUUCAGCAAGCAUACCCAGUCACCUUGCGCGCGCAUCAACGCGGCAAAUAGUUCAAAGAUCAUUUCCGACGUGUGUACGGUAGAGGCCCUUGACCUCCUAGCUAUGUGCUAGCUUUGAUAAAGAUUCUUCUACGGUGAUAUUGGAGCAGAUUGAGACACAACCGAGCACUGGGUCUCAGCUGGUCAGGUAGCUCAUCGAGUGUCGGUCACUAA